UUUAAGGUUGCUUUAUUGGUUUUCAAAGCUCUUAAUGGCUUUGGGCCUUCUUAUCUAUCUGAUCUUCUUUUACCUUAUGAGCCAGGUAGAGUCCUCAGGAGGUUCUCUGUUAACAUUACCUAAAGUUAAAACCAAGACAUACGGCGAGGCAUCUUUUCAUUAGUAUGGCCCCCAUCUAUGGAACAGCUUACCUGAAGACCUGAGGACUGCACCUAAUCCUAAUGAUUUUAAAAGCAAACUGUAAACGUACCUUUUUAGUCUUGCUUUUAACUAAAUUUUAUAUCAUUAACUUCGUUGAAGUGUUUUAGCAUGUAUCUAUUCUAGUUUUAAUCACAGGAUCGUCUUUUAAUGAGCUAUUUUGGUGCUCUUAUUUUAGUAUCUUUUACUGUUGUUUUUAUUUCAUCUUAUUUAUUAUUUCUUAAAUUUCAUGCUAUGUUACUUUGUUUUUAGAUGUUCACCUGAACCUCCAGUGUUUCCUUAUCUUGAGUUUUAAAAUGGCGUUUCCUCAGUGCACACAUUCCUGUUUCCAUGAAUUCAAGCCCUUUUUAAGUUUAUGCAUUUUAAUACUGUUUCUGUUGCAAUUAGAUAAUAGGGUGGGAAUGAGGGGUCGGGCUGGGGUAGAUUUGGGUAUUCCUUUAAUCUUGAGUUGGCGGUAGAUUUAGAUAUUCUUUGUGUCUUUAAUUACUUUUUUCUGUGUAAAGCACUUUGUGCUACAUGUUGUGUAUGAAAAGUGCUAUAUAAAUAAAGACUGAUGGAUUGAUUGAUUGAUUGAUUGAUUGAUUGAUUGAUUGAUUGAAAAGUAGAAGUACAAAAAAAAUAGAGCCUUUAUUUAUUAUCGUAAAUCCCAAUAAAAAUCCUGCAUAUAUUAUUUUUAUAUAAAAAGGGAAAGUUAUUAGAAAAAAACUGAGUGUAUCUUUUCAGCUCCAAAAGUAAAAUUGCGUUUUAUUGUUAUUGUAGUAUUUGUAGAGCAGUAUUUUAACUAUGAAGCUGGUCCUGGUAAAGCUACCUUAUAUGCGCUGUUGAGCCGCUUAAUCCACCGAAAUCCACUGUUGUUUGGUACACACCAGGGAAAGAGUGCACCAGCUGGGAUCCCAUCGUAUGCAUUUCACCUCUAUAGUGGGUUUUCAUGCUAUAGUUCAACAGGUUCAAGCUGCAGUUCAGCCGUUUACCAGCAGGCCACAAGAGGCACAAAUGCAGGUCAGUAGCACAGACGUCCCGGAACUGACUGCUGUCUGUCCAUGCUCGUGAGAAAUUCUGCUGGAUUCAUAUUGGAUGUUAAAAAUUACUGUAACAAGGAUAUUUUCAUCAAUCUAUCACUGACUACAUUUUGGCACGUAUUAUCGAAGUGAUUCAGGAGAUAAAUCUAAGUUGUUUGUGCUCCAGUUGAUUUAUAUAAUACAUCAGUUGUAAAUGGGGUGGGGCUGGUAGUGAACUGCGAUCAUUCAUUGCGCUCAUUGGUCAGAACUAAAACUGACACCGAUAGUGUCCAAUCACAAUCUGGUGCGGUUAACACUCCGGUCCAAUCAGGAUCAGCCAUGCAAAUCUUGAAACGAAGUUUCCCCAGUAGCAGCACUCUCCUCCGUUGACAGCAUUUAGCUUCUCAGAUGUUUCAUUUUCUGUUUAAUUAGAAACGUCAGGAACAUUUCGAUAGCAAGUGCAACAGACGAGCUACUCGCGUAUUUUGAGGGAAAGAAGGCUAACUGUUCCGCUAUGUUUGUACCACGAGGUUCCCGUUAACCGGUAAUUAUAGCUGAUGGCUAAGUGCUAAUAGCUAGCAUAGCUAUCCAACGAUUUCGCCGGUACAGGCGGACCUCUUUGUCUGACAGGGGAAGGCGUGCUCUUUUGUUCGGCUUUUCCCUUUGUCCGAUCGGGAAAGAGGAACUGUUGGGUCAGGAUUUCACAGUUAUAUGCAGCUCUGAAAGUAUUUAGAAAAUGCACAUCGCGAAAAAGUACCUGUCAGAAGGGCUGAUCCAGUUAACAAUCUUACUGAGUUUGAUUGGAGUUCGUGUUGACAUCGACAGCUAUUUAAGCGGCUACUACUCGCCUCUCAUAGAGAUUAACUUGGGUCCUAGCUCAGCCUACACCCAGACACCCUUUCACAGUCUAAGAGACAAUCUUGACGGGUACAGUGUUCACCCGAAAUGUCCUGAAUUGGACUACUACUUUGCGAGUCGUCGGCUGUUGGAGGAAGUGAGAAACCUCGGUUCCCCGCGGUUCCCCACUCAGCUCAACGCGUGGCUGGUGCACCAAGUGUCCGCCACUGACAAGGCUGACUGCGGGCCCUCAACCAGCAACAGCACUGACACCAGCCCCGGGUUAGAGAGCUCCGGGGACGAGGCCAGAGGUGACGAGGAACACCUGCCAGACAGAGGCCAAGAUGUGAGCCAAGCAACCCCUGAACUGGGACAAGGGCCCUGUACCGCUGGAGCCUGCGGGUUUAUUAAAGAGGCAAGUGUGUGUGUGUGUGUGAAGUAACACAAAGUCAAACAAACUCGGAUUGUCACAUAUUUGAUGUAAUCAGGUUGGUAGGCAUGCAAAAAUAAUGGAUUAUUUUAGUUGGUGAACUGGGUUAAAACUUCCUUUAUGCUCAACAGGACAGCUAAUGCUAUCAGUAGCUAACUAGCAGCACCAGCCCCUGUUAUACAAUGAUGGGUGGCAGACCUGUCAGUCACUUAUUACACAGUUAUGGUUCCAGCUGAACCAGGAAACAAGCCCACAGAAGUUUAUAACUUGCUGGAGAAAAAAACCUGACUUGUGCAUUCACUUUCACUUUGAAUGACUCCAUCACUGCAGGAUCACACUUUCUACUUAAGAGAUAAACUUCAUAUCCAGUUAGAUUAGAGCACUGCCAUUCAAGGUAGAAGUGUGGUAACUAUUUACACCAAACUUUGAUGGUUAAAUAUGUAAUUUAUAAAACCAGUGAACAGGAAAGACUUGUACAUCCAGUGUUCACUGUCUGUUGCACCUGUCACGCUCUGCUAUAGAGCAUGUCACAUUAAGCCCCCUCUGAAGAGUCAGCACAGGAGAAUUAACUUAAACAUGUAAAACCCUAAUGAGACCAGUGUAACCACACUGCUGUUCAAGCAUUUGCCAAAAGAUCCUCUCACUUCCUCUUAGUACAAACUGUUGAUUGAAAACUUGUUUUCUCCACAAUAUGUGCAACCGCCAUCUGUAAUUUAUUGCUGCUAUUAUGUUUUUAAAGCUGUAAUCACACCCACACAUUUGCAUUCAAUCCGGUCAGUGAUCCAGUUUUUCUAGCUCUGGGUAGCAACAGCUGCUUGGUUUAUGUUGUGUCCUCAGGGCAGUUGAUGUCGCCAUUUGUGUAACUAUAUCCCCUUUUUCUCAGACUCAGCCGCCAGCUGUGGGCCUUGAGAGUUGGAGGAUUGAGGCUUAGACCCACAACCUGUUUGCUUACACAAAAGCGGUGGUCCAUACUUGAACACAACCGCCUCCCAGGGUUCUUAUUGACAGAGAUCAUGUGCUGUUGACACAUCUUUUAUUCUUUUUUUUUUUCUUCUUUUUUCAAAGUUCUUAGUUGUCAAACUGUUUGGACAAGGUGCUCUGGAACAUAAUGAGGGACUACAGCUGCGAUAUUUUAAGAGUAAAGAUCAAUAACUAUCUACAUUCAGACAGCCAACAAAGCUACAUAAGUACAUGUGGACAAGCUCAGACAGAGUUAAACAGAUCUGGGCUGGUGUAAGCUACAAUUUGUCAUAUUUUUGCCUGUAGCAAAAACAUCUUCAGCUGUCGUUCUCUUCUUAAAUGAAGGAGAAUAGUUCCUCGUUAUCACCUAGGCUUAGAAACAAGUUUUUAUCUCUUUGUAAGGAUCUAAAGAGUCCUGUAUCUUUAACAGACAGCUGGUGACCUAGACGCAGUACUUGGUGUACCAGAGCUUGUCUCACAACUUCUAUCACAGUGAGGAUGUCAUUGAGAGUAAUUACCCCAGAUUUUCCUUCAAUAACAGGACCUAAGCACAUUUUCUAAUCAUUAAAAUUUAUCACAGAGGGUCGAGACCACAGUUAACAAGGUGACAAAAGAAGUCAAAGUUGAAUGUAAUCCGUCCAGCUGAUCCCUGCUCCCCCUCAAGUCACAACACCCGCUCAUUAACAAAGCUUUCUCUGACAGGAGAGUGAUCCUUCCUGUAGAUUUGCGGCAAAACUACGAUUUGGGUCACCAAACCUGAGAUGAAAUCGUCUUUUAAGGUCUUUGGUGUCAGUCUGCUAACUGUUUUUGUGUCUUCUUGUUCCCCCUGUGUCUCUGCCUGCCUGCGUUUGCACCAUUAGGAGAGUGAUGCAAAAGUUAAAGAGGAGGAAGAACCGGCUCCACUCACUCAGCUGGCACACAGCUCUACACUAGAACAUGAGGUGACUGCCUGUUAAUUUUCCCCAGUUUGAUGACAGUUGUGUUAUAAUGAAACCGAAUAAGAUGAUGUAGAUGCACAAUUAUAGUUAUCUCAUAUGGAAGUACUUGUGUUGAAAUUCCUAUUGCAUACGACUUUGACAUUUUCCCAAAGUUUGUGCUACAGAACAUACCACUAACUCUGCCCAUUCUGUGUUUGAUUUUUGUACCUGUUAUAGAGUCUGCUGGAAGGCAUCACUGCACUCAACCCUCCUUUGACUGACAUUGACCAGCAUUGGAACAAUUUCCUCUCUCUGCCUGUUACAGACCUCGAUGUAAGUUUUCUUGGGACUCAUUUCAUAAGAUUUAGCCUACCAUAUUUCUAAUGUAGCUAUCACUGCAAAAAGAAACCAAAAGUGCAAGUAUUGGACAGACAAAAUGCAGCUGAAUCAGCUAUUUCCGAAUCUUUGAUUUUAAAGGGAUAUUCCGGCAUAAAAUUAAUUUGGGGUCAAACACACCUUAACACUGAGUUAGACACCCCCUUGAGAGAUGAAUGUUGCCAACUGCUUGCUUCUCUAGUUAUACCAAGUUUAGUAACGACCGCACAAUAGCAACACACAGCUCUCUGACGAGCCAGAAACAAACCUCAACCAAAGCGCAGCUCUAUAGCCACGAAUAAUGCUCAGAACAGCACCUAACUUCAUCAACAGUACAUAUAGGGUCCUAGCCAUAGUACUAGCCAUCAAACAUCUUUUUAACUUUGCCUAAUUUCUUUAGCAAAGAGACUAAAUACAACUCACCUACUCUCUUCCAGCAGCCGCUUGUUUGUAGCUAGACCUCAAGCCAGUCCAUUAUGGACUGCUCUGGGGUGACGCAGCUCAAGGAAGAACAUUUAUGAUCAUUUCUUCAUGGAAAUGGAAUCAGACUGAGAAGCGAAGGCAGAAGAACUACCGUGUCUGCAGUGCAAAAUAAUUAAUAUGAUGAUUAUUACUUCAAGAAAAUGGUAAAGAAAUGAUCAUGAAUGUUCUUCCUUGAGCUGCGUCACCCCGCUGUAGUCCGUAAUGGACUGGCCUGAGGUCUCACUACAAACAAGCGGCUGCUGGAAGAGAGUAGAUGAGUUGUGUUUAGUCUCAUUGCAAAAGAAAUCAGGCAAAGCUAAAAAGAUGUUUGGUGGCUAGUGCUAUGGCUGGGACCCUAUAUGUACUGUUGAUGAAGUUAGGUGCUGUUCUGGGCAUUAAUUGUGGCUAUAGAGUGGCGUUUUGAUUGAGAUUUGUGUGUGGCUCCUCAGACCGCUGUGUAUUGCUGUCAUGUGGUCAUAACUUAAGUUGAUGUAACUAGAGAAGCAACAUUGAUCUCUCAGGGGGUGUCUAACUCGGUGUUACGGUGUGUUUGACCAUAAAUUAGUUUUACGCCGGUAUAUCCCUUUAAGUAGCAACCUUAUUAAACAAAGAGCCUCCAUCAGAAUGAUUUAACAAUCUUGUGUUUGUGGUGAUCAGCAUGCUGUGGUAUACUUUCAAGAACUGCAAAGACCAAGUUUCAGUUCAUUUGCACAUCUCAUGCAGGACUUGGACUCCCUUGUUACUGGGCGUCUGUCAGACAUCGACACAGACAUCACCAGCGCUAUCAGCCAGGAUGUCAGCUUGCACGAUGCCAUGGUAACAAGUGCUGGAGCAUUUGGUGCGCCAUCUGAAGGAGCUGAGCCCAGACCAGCCCCCCAACAACGGAGGCCCUUCUUCCGACUGGAAUCGACGGGCUCUUCACACUCAGAUGCAUCUCCAGGGAUGGCACUGGGUCUGGCUGCUCUCCCCUUUGCCUCAGUCUGUGAUUUAACAGGAAGUGGUGCACUGAGUGGCUGUCUGGAUGAGGCAGUGUUUGAUCAGAUCAAUCAGCUGGGUUUGGAAGGCCUGGACACUAUUGACACCCAGCUGAUGGGCUGUCUGGAGAGCAUAGACCCACGGGUCUUGGAGGACUUAGACUCUGACUCUGGACUCUCACUAGAGAGCAGCUCUGGAGGUCCAGUCUCCCCAGGUUGGUUUAAAUCUCCUUUAAUAAUGUAUAAACAAACGUAACACAAAAUUAAGUCAUAGCUUGACAUUCAUACUAAUACAACGGCUGACUUCUUACUCACGCAGGCUCGUCAGAGAUGUCCUCAUCGUCCAGUUCCUUCUGUGAAGAUGAGUGUGGAGCUACAGGCUACAGCAGUGAGGUGGACUCAGUCCCCACUAAAGGCACCACAGACUACACCACAACAUGGUCACCCAUUGAUCUGAGUGAGAAUGUGUGGCAUGACCACAGCUACUCCUCUCCUGCUCUCUAUAACCCGCCACCAGUCACAUUUCCCCACAAAGGGAUCAAAGAAGAGCCUGUCAGCGACGAUGAAGGACCUCUUUCGGAUGAGAGGGAAAUGAGCCGCGACGAGCUUCGAGCGCGCGCCAUGUGCAUCCCUUACUCCGUCCUGCAGAUUGUCAACAUGCCAGUGGAGGAGUUUCUGGAAGUCCUCGAUGGUCACGGCUUCUCCUCUGAACAGGUGACCCUCCUGAGGGACAUCCGCAGGCGAGGGAAGAACAAACUAGCUGCACAGAACUGCCGCAAGCGCAAACUAGAUGCCAUCACGGGGCUUCAGGAGGAAGUGGAAAGGUUGCAUGCUCAAAGAAACAGGUUGCUGAGGGAGAAACAGCUCACGGCCAAGACAAUGGGUGCUGUGGGCCAGCAGAUCAAGCAGCUGACCAGAGACGUCCUGGCCCGGCUGAGGGAUGAGGCAGGACAGCCCCUGAACCCAGAGAGAUUCACCCUGCAGUGCGGGGCAAACGGGAGGGUUGUAGUUCAGCCAGUGAGACGACCUGCUGUCUCCACAUCUACUGGCAACAAAACGGACAAGAGAAAGAAGGAGAAGAAGCAGUGAUGCAGUAUUUCUAGCUUAGACUUUGGUUUUUGAGUAUCUCUGAACUUACCUACCUGACUCUGGUUUUGGGAUCUCCUCUUCUGUUCAAGUAGGUGUGGAUUCACCGUUGUUGGGAGCCUAAAUCUGCAAAGCUGCAAAGGAAAAGAUACUUUGAACAUUAAAAAAAAAAGAAUAAUAUCUGUAAAUAAACCUUCUCAUGGGACAAAUGUAGCUUACACACUGGACACUCUUUGCUCAAUAAAAAUGCACAAAGCAUCCCGGGGAGGUUCAAGGGAAGAGCCGAGCUGCUGGUAAUGUUACCAGUCUCUCUCUUUGUGCCUGUUACCUUUAAGGUCAUGAGUUUUUCCCUUUUACAGACAAGCAUAAACAGCCAGAUAUGUGAAAAGUCAACACGACCAUCUUUGCGACAGUUAGUGGAUGGAGAUCUGGGUGUAGGCCUCUAUUUGUUUGUUUCCAUGUAAUCCUGCCCUCACCCAGAAGAAGGAGGAGGUAAAACCUCAUAUUUAUUUAAGUGUCAGGUGUUCCUGAAAUGCUGAUCUGCAUCCUGGGACCAUCAAGAGUAGCAUCUUGGUUCACAAGGUUAGGUUUCAAUUUGAACAUUACCUAAUUAAAGUUUACAUAUUCCUUUUAGAUAAUUGAGGGCAAGUACUAUUUCAUGGAAAUAUAAGAUUUUGUCGUUUACCUUAUGUCUUGAUGACAUAAAAUAUACCAAUGAUUAAACUAACAAGGCCUUAAUCAGAAUUGAAGUGUUUUGGAUACUGUGUUGACAGGAUUCACAGGUGCACAUUGUCACAACAAAAAAAACCCAGACUAAUAUGCUUUAAAUUAAACUUUUAUUUGUUUUAAGCACAGUUUUGCUUAACCCUUUGAAUUCAAUCAUUUAAGGGUGUUUCAAGAUUAUAUUCUACCUCACAAUUUAGUUCCUGUUGAAGAUUUCGGCAAAGAAAAACAACCUUUAAGGGGAACUAAACCGCAGUCUUUAAUCAAGAGUUUUCUCACUAUAACAGCCCUAAAAUCCAACCCAAACAAUGCGGUUUAUGAAGAACAAAAUCUACAUCCAUAGAAUAGGAUAAAAUGUUUCAAAUGUUGCUUUUUAUAUAAUUGAAUUUUUUUGGAGUUGGAAGGAAACGAUUCGUAUAAGUUGGCAUCUUAUUCAUAUGCACACCACUUAAACGAAGGCAAGUGAGUGAGUGGAGAACCCUGCAUAAUAGUGAAGAGUUUGACUCAUUUAAUUUUAUUUUUGUUAGUCCCUCAUAAAAUUUGUAUUUAAUUUUUGGUUUGACCAAGUUUACUUUGCUGUUUGUAUAAAUUUCCAUCUGUUUUUCUUUGUUGCUGGGGGCAAAUGUUUUUGAUUGCAUGGUGAUUGCUGGAUGAUGAUAAGAAGAUUUUGCUUAUGGGUUUUGAAAUGCACUUGCAGACAUUGUUUUUUUCUGAUUAAAAAAAAAAAAGAAAAACAAAUAA